AGAGAUUCACUUUCACCUGAAAUAAUAGAUGAGGAAAAUGAUGGUGCUAAAGGUUUGGAACAUUAUCUGGUUCCAAAAGUUGAAUGGAGGAAUACUGAGUAUAAAAGGGUUAGAACAUUAAUUGAUGAAAAAUCAAAAAAUUUACAAUAG